AUGUGCCGGACCGCCGUGCAGCGCGUCAUCGACCCUGUUGGCCCGCACCGCCUGACGGGCAAGGUCGUCGAGGGCUUCAAGCGCGGCUCCAAGCAGCUGGGCUGGCCGACGGCGAACCUCGACCCGGCGGCGUUCGAGUCGCGUUUCGACGCGAGCACCGAGGGCGUGUACGUCGGCUGGGCCGCCAUCCGCGACCCGACGUUGCCCGAGGAGGCGCAAGCCGUGCACAAGGCCGUGCUCUCGAUGGGAUGGAACCCGACCUACACAGACGUGAAGCAGCGGACAGUGGAGGCGUACCUGUGCCACGACUUUUGCGGCCGCGACUUUUACGGGGCCGAGAUGCGGCUGAUGAUUUGCGCCUUUUUGCGGUCCAACGUCAAGUUCGACUCCUUCGACGAGCUGAUCCAGGCGCGCUGUGCCUUCACGGCCAUCACUGACGACGUCGAGUUUGGGCAGAGGGCGCUCGACGGCGCAGAGCUUGCGCUGCUCCAGCGGGACCCAUUCUUCAGCAGCGAUACCUCGGCCGGGUGA